AUGGCGGACAUUGGUGACGAUAAGAAAGCAGCAAGUGAAUUGAACGGUAAGGGAAAGAUGUCUUUUAUUUAAGAUCAUGGGAGGUGAGGGGGUUCGUAUCCCCAAGAUGACAAACAAUUUGACGUCCCCCUAUUUUUUAUCAUCAUGUAUUUAUGUUUAAUGCUGAAUUUUUGUUUGUUCUUGAAGUUUUAAUAUCAAUUGACAAUUGUCCACCAUAGAUCAGCUGAUCGAUUUAUGUCUGGACGUUUGUUUUGUGUUCUGGACUUAUGUAUCGUCUUGUUAUUUAGAUUGCUAAUACAGUUGAGUCUCUGUUUAACUUUGAGUUAGCCUUCAAUUCUAUCCUUAGGACAUCUCAUCGCCCCGAAGCAAACUUCAAAAUAUUUUGGAUAAUUUUCUUUAUAUCGAACCUCCUUAUUAUAUUGCUUCAUGAUUUUUAAACAACAAUAACAACAAGUCAAAACAUAAAGAAGAAGGAAAACACGAUUGGAUGGGUUGCUCAUUGCACCACAGAUAACAUACGUAAUGCAUGCCGCUUAAUUCUGAAAUAUUCAAGGUAUAUUAGAUUAAAGAACAGGUUUCAAUUUCCUUUAUAUAAAAGCCAGACAUUUCGUUAUUCUAAAGGACCUAUUAUUUUGAUUCCAUGUUUAUGUUACAAGUCAAAAUUAAAUUGAUUAUUAUUACAGUUAUGAUUUUUAACCUAGGUUGAUUUUCAGUUUUCUUCGUUUCAUCCCUGGCCCUAAUUCAUAAAUAAAUAGGGCCAGGAGACAAAGGAAAUAGGCCAUUUUACAGUUUUAAGUGAGGCUGAGGGUGACCUUGUUUUGAUACAAACCUUCCUGCCUUAUUAUGUAAAUCAAGUUAUUCUUAUGCUAAAUUAACCAGUAUUUUUCAAGGACAAUUUCCAUAACAAAGAAAAGGAGGUUUAUAUCAAAACAAGGUCACCAUCACCCUCACAUUCACUUGAAGGCUAGGGUACUAAGUCCACAACUGUAAAAUGUGACCUUCUUUGGGAAAACGUACACUAACGAUAUUUCGUUAAACGGUUAGACCGUUAUCUGUCCGUUAGUAAUCCGUUAGAUGAUUCAAUGAAAAUCGUUACAGGCAUUAGGAAAUUUGUUAGCAACUCAUCCGUAUCGGUUAGAGCGUUAGUUGUACCCAUUAGAGGUGUUAGUCAAUUCGUUAGCAACUCAUGCAUAUCCGUUAGAGCAUUAGUUGAAUCCGUCAGAGCGUUAGUCGAGCAAACUAAAGCAUUAACUGACGAUUCUAUUGCUUUGCUGAUCAAGGUUGCUGCCUUAUGGGCGCCCUGCCGUCAGAGGUUUCUAAUAUUAAUUUUAUUCGCCCGUGGGCGACCGACAUUAUAAACAAGGAGCCCGCAUUGGGCACCUGAAACUAGUGAUUCUUGCCAGACUUUCCCAACGUCCAGUGAACGAAUGACACAACUCCCUACUCGUUCUACGCUUUUGAAACGAAAAUAUCAAAUGUUUGGUCUUCGGCUGUAGGCAAAAGAUACCAACGAUAAAAAGUAAACAAAAAAAUCUGCUUCUCUGCAGACUUCUGCUAAUUGAUCUCGAAUGAAUUGAAUGGUUGCAGGAAAACCUUCGGUAUAAAAGUCAUGACCUUCUUCCCGUCGCUUUGCCUGUAGAAACAUUGCUGUUGCGUGUAUUUUUAAAUAAAAAGAUGCAAGCAAGCAAGAUCCAUAAUCGCUGGUUUGAAAUUACUCAUGAUAUAUGCAAAUUUUUCUUGCAUCUACAACUAUUGAUUAGAUUGUUCCGUUUUCGAUCUCAUUACGAACGGUACACUCAGUUGCCUCAGAGAUUUCUUAGAUCAUUUAUUCAGGUUGUAUCUAUGUCUUUCUCCUCUUUUUGGUACGGUUUGUGGCAAUUUCUUUUUAAAAGGUAGACUCCAUGUUGAAAUAAAACAACUUUUUGUGCUGCUAGACAGCAGUUCUUUGUGUCAUCAUACAACGCUCCAUACAUAGAAUGGCUGUGGCUGUGUGGCAGACUUAGCCAAGUAAAAUAAUGUAAUCUUCCUAAAACUUGAUUUCGAUUGAAUGCUGCUUAAAUUUAAUGUGGGGGCCGCUCGUCGGGGCUUAAAGCGGCGAUAGAAAGAGACAAAAAAUAGAUAAGAGAAUAUCGCGAUAUCACAGCAGCUCGCGUUCAAUAAACAACAAAACUGUCCCCAAGUCCUAAGCGGAAUCAGCAGGCAUAUGCAUAAUUUCCAUGACAAUCAACCAAAGCUAAGAAAUUUUAACAUCAUUUUAAUUUUGACUGUGGACAUUUGUAAUGCUCAAUGUGACAAAGUGGUUUGGUUGUCUGAUUUAGACAUCAAGACAGGUACCCUGAUAAAAAAGAAUGUAUUAUUGUACAGUCUAUUCCAGUAACUAAAAAGGUGAAUUGAUGUUUUGGUUUCUCUUUAUUAUUGUUAAUUAACAUGUUUUAGAGGAAAAGCUCAAAGUAACUGCAUCAGAGGGCAAAAGUGAUGGAAGCAAUGAUGUAAAUUUUGAGGAAGCAAAGGACAGAGCUGCUGAUGAUAGAGGUGACAAGGAUGACCGUGUUGGCAACAAUGGCGAUAACAAUGAUGAUGAUGAUGAUGGUGAUGAUGAUGAUGAGGAGGAAGAUGACCAACACCUUAUGGUGAUCGAAACACCUGAAGGACUAACCCUUGUUGAACCAGCAGAGAAUUCCUCUUUUUAUAUUGUACAAGAAAAUGAAGGGCAAGAAACUCCACCAAGUAUGACUAAAAAUGUUAUGGUUUCUAAUGGGUCUUUUUUAUACAUAUGUCUAUUUAUGGUAAAAGCUGGUUGGAAUGCUGUACUCAUAAUUUGUAAGUAUAAGUACUAGCUUAGUAAAUGCUGGCUUUUGCAUGAAUGUAUCCAGCCAAACACAGAAUACAAAAACUCCAAAAACACUUCCUUACCAAAAAAACAUGUCCUGCCCGUUGAAGCUUCAUUACUGUAGUUUCCUACCGACAUAUCAUGCACUAACGAUCAAAGCUCUGUCGCUCUGUAGAUAUGGCAGCCGCUGCUGCGGAGCCCGAAUUCCCUCAAGAUGUCAGCAUAUCUGAUGAACUUCUAAUGAACAUCCAACGGCUAAGAAGAAGCUCAAGUCCUGAUCUCCCAUCUACAGUUAUCAAGCUGGAGACUGCAGAAGGCUGUAAGGUGUACCUCGUAGGUACUGCUCACUUCAGCAAAGAGAGUCAGGAAGAUGUUGAGAAGGUCUGUUGUCAGUAUUCCACACACGGCUUUAUUAAGCUCCUGCCUCGCAGCCUUGCGAGGCUGCUCAUUGGCAAAAUAUAUUUCUGGUGUUAUUGAUUUUCUGAGUUUCACAGUAAAAUAAUUCUAAAAGUCAUUGCUAAAAACAGUUUUAAUUUAUGUAAUUAUUCACUCAUUCUAGUAUUGUCUUUGAUAAAUGAUUUAUGUUUUUGUUUGUUACAGACUAUUCAAGCUGUGCAACCAGACAUAGUCUUAGUUGAACUGUGUAAAAGUCGAGUGGACAUUCUCAAAUAUGAUGAAGAAUUUUUACUUAGAGAAGCAAAGAAUAUUGACAUGCAAAAGCUUAAACUCGCAGUCAAACAAGUUAGUAAAGUGAUAGUGGUCAAAUGUUGUUGACAGUGAAGGCCUUGGAGCAUAGAGAGCCUAAUACUGAAUUUUUGACCAUGUUUUAUUUUUGCCUUUAUUUGCCUGAAAUUCUUCUUUCUAAUUUUCAAUUAUUAAUCUUGAACUUUUGUUUUUGUUUUUUGUUUUUCUUUAAGUCCCACUGCCCCCACCCCUUCUCCUCACAGAAAAAGCCACUCCUGUCUAAUUCAGUUGUAAAACAGGCUAAACCUAACAUUUUGAUUCGGAAGAGACUAAACUAGAUGAAGUAAAUCAGCAUUCUUUAGCCUGCAGUGCAGACAUUUUCUUUGGGCGCACAAAUAUUUUUGCUUGUGAAAGUGCCAUGUUGAAACUCCAAAAGAGGAGUUUGCCUUUUGGUCGAGGGUCGAGGGUAAAUGGUCGAGGGUCGAAAAAUCCUCCACAAUUAUUUUUGAACGUCGUCAAAUCAAAAUUUUGUGUUUACUCGAGUUUCCGGUGCCUGUUUUAUUUUUACGUUUAAACACCUAGGGGCAGGUGUAUCAUUUGUCUUUGUAACACUCGAGUAAAUAAUAUUGAAUAUUUAUAGCACACACCCAAUGGUUUUGUUGUCUAAUAUUUCACUCGCUUAAGACUAAUCGAGGGUCGAAAAAUCCUCCACAAUUAUUUCUGAACGUCGUCAAAUCAAAUUUUGAAGAAGGCCCGUGUUUACUCGAGUUUCCGGUGCCUGUUUUAUUUGUCUUGUGUUGUUUAUAACUUUUACACUCCCACAGUGAUGAAGGUGAUAUUACAUUAACAUCUAGUGGCACGUGCAUCAUGUAUCGUUGUAACACUCGAGUAAAUAAUAUUGAAUAUUGAAAGCAGAGACCCAAUGGUUUUCUUGUCUAACGUUUCACUCGCUUAUGAAAAGGCUGCUAAUCUGGUAACUUUCACUGUUUGUAUUUAAUAUUUCCCACGUCCACUAGUUUUGUCCCAUGAUGUGAGACCUGGGUCAGCAUGAUUAUUUUACUGCCUGUAAGACAAAAACAUGGAAAACUCAACGAUAACAACGUAAUAAACACAACUUGUCAAAUGCCGCUUUCACGGACUUCACAGGCUGGCAAACAACUAUAGCAAAUACUAACAAGAAAUUCACGCCCAGACUCCAAUUGCAAAGUUUGCCACACUAGUGAGUCACCAGCUAGUCGGCUACAUUCCAAUCUUGAGGCCAUAUAAAAUUAAUUAAUUAAGGUUUUAAAUUGAAAAAAAAUUCAGAAAUAACUGUGGAGGAUUUUUCGACCCUCGACCAUUUACCCUCGACCGUCGACUAGUUACCCUCGACCCUCGACCCUCGAACAAAAGGCAAACUCCCAAAAGAGAGGAGGAAAUGGGGCAAGUCAAAUUUUCCUCCCCCCCCCACUUCUUUCUUUCAGCCUAGCACCUACACUAAGGGCUGCUAUUCCCACUCUCACCAAUCUUCCUUUGUCAUAUAAUCAAAAAUAGGGGCUACAGCAAAACAAACAUGAAAACGCUUUUGCCCACCCAAAAUACACCUGCACUUCAGGCUAAGCAUUCAUUUUUUGGAUAUUUUUAGGGUUAAAAGUUAAUUUACAUGUAUCUAUUUAUUCAGUCUUUAUUCACCUAUUUAUUUAUUUGUCUAUUUAUUUCUUUAUUGUACUUUUAGAGUGGACUUGUAGCUGGUUUUAUGCAAGUUCUUUUGCUGAGUGUAUCAGCACACAUAACCAAACAACUAGGCAUGGCUCCUGGUGGGGAAUUCAGGGCGGCAUACAGAGAGGUGUGAAUGACUAUAAUAAAGGUCUACAAACAAUGACACUGCUUACUUAUCAACCUGUUUCCUCUAGACUCUCUGAAGUUUGAGGUGUUCCUUAUUUCUUUUGCAACACUUUUUUUGUUAAGACAUGAAAAUACAUUGUGAUAAGAAAAUAUGCAUGUAUGAGGCUACUUAAGACCUCAGUCAGACUUACUGAUUUGUUCAUAGAGUAACAUAUUAUGUACAAGUAAAUGGACAUGUGAAAUUUUGAAAUGUGUCUGCCUUUUUGUUUAUAGGUUAUAUGACUUUGUUUUGCCUUCAGGUUGGCCAAAAUAUGCAGUUUUUUCUUGUUGUGUUGUUUAGGAUUCUUAGACUAGUGAAAUACUCACAAUUAUUCAUAGUGAGGACAUUGUGUUUCCAAUCAUGAAAAUGCGUAAUCAGGUAAAUUUAAAAACUUAAAACGUCUAAAUUAGUGGAAUGAAUAUUCCAAAUACAUGUUCGUCUUUUGGAAACAGUUCUGCAAUUAUUUGAAUAAGUGCUUUACAAUUUCCCUUUCUAAUAGGCUAGAAAAAUACCAGGAUGUCAAAUACAUUUAGGGGAUCGACCAAUUCAGGUAACUUGCUAUUCACUUUUUUUUUUUUUUUAAUUUAUUGUUUUUCAUUUCGUCUUUCUGAUGCUGUUCUAUCCAUGUACAUUACUGCAUACAGUAUUUUUCAUUCUUUUCAGGUUACACUUUCCCGAGCAAUGGGAGCCUUAAGCAUAUGGCAAAAAAUGAAGCUAGCUUGGCAUCUUAUUACAACAAAAGAUCCAAUAAGGUAUCUGCACACACUUUCAGCAUUAGUGCGUUGUAUUGGGCUGUUUGUUAUACAUGUGUACCUUUGUGUUUGAAAUAAAACUCAAAAGAGUAUAAAGAAUAUUGUCUUGUGCAGUUAUUAGUAAAAGUAAAAGCUAUUUCCAGGGACGCAUCUCUAAAACCAUUAAUUUAUUGCAGUCCAGAAGACGUGGAAAAGUGUAAACAGAAGGAUCUCUUAGCUGAAAUGUUGGCUGAAAUGACAGGCGAUUUUCCCACACUCUACAGAGUUUUUGUUUCUGAGAGGGACCAGUACUUGGCACGGUCGCUCAGACUAUCGGCCACACCCAUCGAAAUUCAUAACCCUGAUGGAGGUAAUUUUUAACAUUUUUACUUGUCGCAUUUGAGAUAUUAGAGACCUUUUUUUUUAAUAGAUUCGAUUCGCAUUACGAAGAUCUGACUAAAAGAUUUUUCGCAAAUUAUAAAUUAAAAAACUAGACAACCCACAAAGCUUCAUUUUACUCUUUUUUUUUCUUUUUUUUUUUAAACAAAAAAGGUAGCAAGGUUAUUUUCAUUGAAGGAGGUUAACCCCUCUCCUGAUAGCACAAAGAAAAAAAAAAUCUAACAUUUAAUAACUUGCUGCCGUCACUAUGACAUUUUCGCUAAAAACUGUAGUAAAAUGACGUCGACGGUUAUCACGUUUUCCGGCCAAAAUGACUUUGGUUCACGGGAGAAUGUGACAGGUGAAUGACAAGGCGAUGAAUUUUACUGUAUUUAUCCUAUCUAAUUACUGGCGGCGUCACCAUUGUCGUUUCUUAGGGUCUCUUACGUUUACCGUUAGAACGUCAAAAUGUUGGAAGCCUUCCGUGAUAGUUGUGAAUGAAAUGUUCGACACAUUUUUAGUGAUUGACAUCAAUCUGUUUUUCUUUUUCAGAACCCCAAGGAGUUGUACCCAGUGUGGUUGUAGGUGUUGUUGGAAUUGGACAUGUCGAGGGAAUCAGAGAAAAUUGGGAUAGGGAAAUUAACGUUAAAGAACUUUUAAGGUUCGUUUAUGAUAUCUUAUCCAAUCUUAGCGUUCGAAUGCAUUUGGAACUCCAUUAAAAUAUUUUAGUGGACGCCCUCGAUAGUAGAGAACGACAGCUCAAUAAACUGGAGCCAAUUUAAUAAAACUUUUACAAGUGUAAUUUGCAAGUGUAGCUACUGUUUUCAGACUCUUAAACAAUAGCUACACUUGUAAAUUACCCUUGUAAAAGUUUUGUUAAAUUGGCCCCUGAUUGGCCGUUUAAAUGGAGUCCACAAGUAAGCUUAUUUGUUUCCAUAGCUAGUGUUCGACUUGGCAUCAUAAAUAUUUUGUAGCUUAUAAAGGAUUUUCAGUUUUGGAUCUGAAAUCACACUUUUUCGCUGUGCCCACCCGUUCCAUUUCUGAUACGUCAACAACUUGUGCCGGUAAAUACCGCACACGCGCACUUAGCCUGACCGACAGCCUAGCACUUUGCAGCCGCGUGCGUUUUUUUGACUUUGCCGUUCCCUCGUCAUUUCUUUAUUUAUAUAUCUGACUGGAAUUACUAAAACAUUGCUAUAGAAAUUUCUCUCAUAUACCUUUACCGAAUCUUGCAUGGUGGAGUACGUUUUUUCUUUUUUUGGUUUGUUUUUGUUUUUUUGUCAUCAUUUUUUAUCCUUUGUUUUUUAUCGAUUAUUUACUGAAACGCUGCAGUAGAUAGACAGCCAUGAACCCUUUUGAUAAUUAACUUCCCAUAACUCUUUCCGUGUGACAGUUUGAAAUCAGCGCGCAUUAGACUGAACUCGGCUCUCGUAGUGGGAUGACUUAGAGUUUUUUCUUGGCUUCCUAGCUUGAGGCAUCAUUAAGCGUUAUGAAGGAACAAGUCUCACGUUUUGCAAAGUCUGCUGCGUUCAAUAUCUUCUCGUUUUUCUUCUCAUUUGGCUACACGGGAGAAAGACUGAUCACGGACUUAAGGCGGAAAAUUUUGAUAUUGCGAGUUUUGUUUUUUGGCUCUUUGGUUCUUUAGCCUCACAAAGUAUGCACGUUCUAGGGGUGAAAAAUACAUUCGGGCGGCGAGAUGAAAAUUAAUGCUGUUUUCUGACCGGGCCAAAGACUCGUUUUAGCAAACCCAGGCAGAUAUUUAUCUACCUAUUUACAAGUAGACUGAUGGAACUGGAUUAAAUCUUGAACAUUUAUUGCUACUCAAGAGUUUCAUGCCUCUUGCGAAGCAAUCAUUAGGCAAUGCUUCGCAAGAGGUAUGAAACUCUGAGUAGCAAUAAAUGUUCAAGAUUUAAUCUAGUUCCAUCAAUCUACUUGUAUUCUGCUCUAGUUCAACUACUAAGCCCUCUUAUAGUUGAUGAGGACAUCAGUCUGGUACUUCGUUAUAUCUAUCUAUAUAUUUAUUUAUUUAUCUAAUUGGUAUUUUCGUAAUACAUUUCUCUUCAGAAUUCCAGACCCAAGCAGAGCCAGUAAGCUAUUACGAUUUUCACUCAAGGCUUUAGUAGGAGUCGUUCUAGCUUGGGGAUGUUACAAGAUCGGGAAGUACACAGGAAUCGGCUCAUAUAUUCCGUUCUUACAAUAAUUGUCGUGGUAUAUAUUGAUCAUAAACGCUAGUUGAAAGGAUUUUAUUUAUUUAUUGUUCACUCAUGUAAAAACGAGACAGUUAGAGUUAAAGGGAGAGAAUUUUAACCAGUUGUUCGUACGUCGACAGUCUAUAAUACGAAUAAUAUUAAUAAUUUUUAAUUAAUCUUUUAAUAGAGAGGGGACGUCGUUUAUGUCACGUUGCCGUGGUAACAAAUUUUUUUGACAACAACAAACUGAAAAACUCACAUAAAAAGUGAAUUCGCACUGCUUCAAAUUUCAUCGAUCUUAUUCAGUAUCAUUUAAUUUGACAAAUGUUGACAAAUUUGCUCGGGUUGAAUCUGAAAGGAUCGUAUCAAAAAGUUUCCAAAAAUAAAAAGACAACUUCUGUGUUGUGUUCACCUACUCCAUAAAGCGAGCGUGUGAAAUUAGGAAGUUUCAUGUCGCAGUGGUGCAAUGUCGGAAAAGAAAUGUACAAAAUGGCAUGAUGCUGCUGCAAAGUUGUCGUUUUGUUAAUAAAAAUCUAUUACUUCCUUCCCUUCCUUACCGUUGCCGUCCUCGUUGGUUUUGUUGUCAUCCAGAAAUAGUGCGACCAUGGUAACGUGACGUCACACUUCUCCUCUCUAUUCACUCUUUCAACUAGAGCCGAGAGUUUUCCCGCAAUUGUUUCUGGGACUGUUACUGAGGACGCGCAGGUCAGCUAUUGGCCUUUUGUUUUUAUUUUGUUUGUUUGUUUGUUUUUCCUUUUCCCUAGCAACACUCCCAGAAGCCUUUGAGAAAGUCAGUUAAACUGCCUCAGUUUCUUUUGCGUUUCUUCAGUGGCGAAUACGAAGCUGCGAGUGUUGUAGCAAUGACGUCAUCGAGUCACAAAUUCCACCAUGUGGGGUUUCGACAUUUUCUUAUGAAUAGCUUUAGACGGCUGUGAACGACUGGUUGUUUUGUACAAGACGUUUUUAAGAAUUUUAGCGUUGGCAAAAAGGAAACAAACAGCGAUAGUAAAAGGGAAUACAGGGAAUUGUGGUUUAAGGCAAUGUUGGAGAUUAUCGUGUCGUAAUUGGUUGUCACGUCUUUCCUGUAAUGCCAAUUUUAAGAGAAGAUAAAGAGAGUUAAAAAUGUCAUUUCAUUUCGAACGAACACGCGUUUAUGUGUAAGUGUGUAAGGAAAAAAGGCGUGAUAGCUGUCUGUUUUAUUCUAAGCCAUGUAUUUUGUCAAUCCAAGCCUGAAGUCCGUACCUUUCCUCACUAAAAUCCGGGUACGGUCCAUUGUGAUUUAAAAAGGAGCUGUGUCACGAAAUUUAACAAAAUUCAAACAUUGAGAACCGCUACCAAAAACUGAGUCAAACGUAAACGUCACUGUUCAAAACAUGAAAAAAAAUGUUGUAGCUACUUCAAAAGGGGGCACGGAUAGAAAAACAUGAAGAAGAUUGAAACGGAUUACCAUUGUGAUUUUUGAAAACUUGUUAGCCUAACAGUUUCUCAAAGCUGAAUGGCUGUAAUUUGUUCUCUUCAUGAGUAAUAUCUCAAUUUCGAUAGCGAGCAAGGACGCGUAAUUAGCGUUACAAAUAAAAUGAACUAGAAAGCCAUGAAACAGCCCUUUAAACUGUAAACUCGCGGUAGCUAAAACUGCAGUCUUGCGCCGGAUAAUAGAGAGGUUAUGAAACCCAGGUUAUUUCGUUUACGGGAAACGGUAGAGAUGCUCGUGCGAUUGGUGAUAAUUAUAUCCGACCACGAAAAAUAAUUCAAAGUAUUAAAAGUUCUCUCUUUCACCAUCUUAAAUGAACCUGGGGACACUCAUAUUUAGCUUCUCGUUGUCAAAGGUUAGCGAAAACGACAAUCCCAAACUACAGCGUCAAAAAUAAUUACCAGAUUCAUCUGUCCACGUUGGUUUUAACCGUAAAUGCGAUGCUUAAACUCUCAUGUUAGUUAAUUGUUACUGAAGAAAAUGAACGGAAGUUUUAGAAAUAGAAUAAAUAGAAUUGUUAUAUAUCUCAUUGGUUACUUCGAGGUCACGUGGCAUCUAAAAAUGAAACUAUUUCCCGCCAAAAUUUAUUUGUUUCCCUUUAACCUCAAUGUUUCAGUCAUUUAGUCUUUAUUAUGCUACAAUCUUGCCAAGUUAAUAUCACUUUACAGAAGCUCUGAAGAACUAGUAUACUUAAGAGCGAUGUUGCGACUCGACUUUCGCUUUUCCUAUCUUGUAAAAGCAUAUGCGUGGAUAUAACCUCGGUGGGAACACUAACCUGAUAAACAAUUUUAUUUUCUAUGCGCGGUUUCAUGCGCACUGAGGCGAUGGAGUUAAAGUCGUCAUCAGAUAGCAAGAGUAAAUGUGUUUCUCAAUCAGAGAUUCUGGGCUCUUUUAAUGAGAGAAUAUUUUAUAAUGUCUCAGAUAUGGAGUACGCCAUGAAGUUGAACUGAGCCAAACGAAUUUGUAAUAUACAUUUUAAGCUGGUAGAUUUUCGUCUUUUGGUUGGAAGGCCAACACCUUUGCUGAGUUAUCUUCUCGUUAUUUACCAGAGGAACAAAGUUAACUGAAGGCUUGAUAGUAUCUU